AUGAAUGUAGGGCCGAAUCUUGAAAACUCAAAACACCUAAAUUAUCAAAAAUGUUUUCGAUUUCUAAAGGAUUCAUAUAAAAAUGAUGGUUUUCGUAGCUGGUAUCGCGGAAAUUCAGCCAAUAUGGUGCGUGUUAUGCCAUCAGCCGCACUCAAUUUUGCUGCACAUGAACAGUGGAAAAGAGUAUUGGGAACAGAUAAAGAUCGACCAACACCAGGACGACGUUUUAUUGCUGGAUCAUUGGCCGGCGUAACAUCCGCCACAAUAACUUAUCCAUUAGAUUUAGCUCGUGCUAGAAUGGCCGUAACAAAAAAAGCUGUUUACAGCAAUUUAUUUCAAGUUUUUAUAUUAAUAUUACGAACAGAAAGUGUUUUUGCUUUAUAUCGAGGCGCAUUACCCUCGAUUGUUGGCGUACUACCCUAUUCUGGUUGUGUGUUUUACACGUUUGAAACGCUAAAAGCUUUUCGUCAAGAUCGUACACCUAAUCGUGAUAUUAGUAAGCCUGAGCGAAUGUUAUUUGGUGCAAUCGCCGGUCUUAUUGGACAAACUGCCUCAUAUCCAUUUGAUGUUGUUCGAAGGCGUCUUCAAACAGCUGCCGUCAUUAGACCAGAUGACCAACAUUUGACUGCCAUGCAGACAGCAUUAAAAAUUAUCCGAGAAGAAGGUAUUACACGAGGACUAUAUAAAGGUGUCUCAAUGAAUUGGCUCAAGGGACCAAUUUCUGUUGGCGUUUCGUUUAUGACAUUCGAUACGUUACUAACGUUUUUUCGACGACUCAAGUUUUUUGUACAAGUUUAA